AUGCCGAGGAAGAGGACGUUUCCAACCGUCAAAGGGGGUGUCUGCAAAGUGGGCGACAACGCGGGCAGGGAACGGACCCGGAUUCAGAAUCUUCGGAUCGCUUUUCUUCAGCUGCAGAAGUGCCUCCCGCAGGUCCCGCCCGACACGAAGCUGUCCAAGCUGCACACCCUGACCCUGGCCACGGAGUACAUCGCCCGACUGAGCCAGCUGCUGGAGACGGGGAAGACGGAGUCCCCCUGCGACGCCCUCCCCGACUCGACCUCCAGCUCCAACCGGAGAUGGCCAAGGUGGUGGCAGAGCAUGAUGGGUCAAGCACCCUCUGAUGCAACAGUCGUUCGUAAACCAACUGGAAUCCUUUAUUCGGGUGGAAGACCAGGAGUUGCAAGGGAAGACCAACAACCUUGAGUUGCAAGAACAUCAACACUCAGCCAACAACGACAGCAGCCAGGAAUCAAAUUUUUUUUGACGCCAUAAGCAGACAGGGUUUGGGGAAGACAACAAGCCUAACAUCGAGAAAGACC